UCAGGAGGGGGGAGAGGGAGCGAGACGCAGCCUGCUGGAUCAUUGUGUGUGUGCGCGCUCAGGACGCCGUGGAGAGACCCGAUCUGCGUUACUGCGGUGCGCUGGAUGGAUUUUAUUAUAUCUGUUUAAAGCUCAGGAUGGUUUUUCUUGCUCUUGAGACGCGUGGAGUAGAGUAAAAAGCUUGAAAAGCGCCUAAUCAUGAGAUGCCACUGGGUUAUUUCUGCCUCUUAUUUUAUUUUGCUGCCACUAACAGCGUGGUGCGAGCCAGUCAUCUCCCCCAGCGGGCCUCAUGUAGUCGUUCCCAAGAGGGGGAAGCUGGAGCUGCGCUGCCAUGACAACGCCACAACGCCUGGCGUCCCGUCCAGGUUGAGGUGGCAGAAGGAGAGGGCCCGCAGGCUGGACGGAGAGGUGGAGGAAGGCGGAGCGGCUUACAUCAAGGUGUCAGCGGUGCAGACAUACCACAUGGGUCGAUACGUGUGCGUCAACAACAGCACGCUGGAGCACAGCUCCAUCUAUGUUUAUGUGAAAGACCCCCAGAACGCCUUCCAGCGCACCAUGGUGAACGCCAUCCUGGUGCGUGCAGGUGAGAACUGCACCAUCCCCUGUCUUGUGACCGACCCCGAGGUCACCCACCUGGCUUUGGAGACCUGCGACGGACGACCUUUGCCCUCCGGCAUGAGUUACCACAGCCACCUCCAGCGUGGCGUCAUUAUCAACAAUGCCAGAAAGGUGUACGAGGGCUGUUACGUCUGCGCGGGACAGCUCGGUGGAGCCAGGGUGACCUCGAGCCAAUACACUGUGGACGUGCGACUCGUACCGGAUGUGCCUCCGGUAGUCACGCUGUCCCAGAAGGAAAGCGUUAUUCUGCGGAAAGGAGAACAGUUUAAGGUCACCUGCAGCUCCACCAACGUCAACCUGGACUUCAGCCUCAAGUGGGAUUUCCCUUCAGCAGCGCAUCCCGAUGAGACGCCGACCUCGCACAUCCUACCCGGUUCCCGUGGUUGCCAACGAGCCAUCACGCUCUUGAUCAAAGCCGUCAACCAGUCGGACACGGGCACUUACCGCUGCUACGCCCUCAACGAGAGAGGCACCAGUGCCGCGGCGCUGAAGCUGGACGUCCGCGAGCAGGGCUUCAUUACCAUGUUAGGACGCCCCGGUCCGACCCAGGCUGAUGUUAAAGAAGGAGAAAGUCUGAGCCUUAAGGUCGAAUUUGAUGCCUAUCCUGCGCCCGGCUCGCUGUCCUGGUCCUACAACGACAAACAGCUCCUCAACACCACCGAGCACGUUAUCACCAUCCACCGCCGCAAGUACAGGUACAUCAGCGAGCUCAGGCUGGUGAGGGUCCUCGGCUCGGAGGGCGGGAUCUACAAGUUCUCAGCCAGUCACGAGGACGAGUCCGUAGAUCAUUUGUUCCACGUGUACGUCAACAGUAAGCCGGUUAUCAUCGCGCAGGAAGGGCCUGUUGAUGGACAGGUGCGGUGCAUCGCUGCCGGUUACCCGGUCCCUAAAAUCAGCUGGUACUUCUGUAAGCUGCCGCACACGAGGUGCUCACACCUGCCCAACGCCACCCAAUGGGAGGCUCCGGAUGUCGCCAUGGUGACGGAGGCUACCUUCGGCAGGAGGGAGGUGGAGAGCCGACUGAACGUGAGCAACAGGGAGCACGCCCGCUAUCACACGCUGGAGUGUGUGGCGAGCACGGAGGGUGAAGAGGCCUACACGCUGUUCUCCAUCAGCGAACGCGUCGUCCCGCAUAAACUCUUCACUCCUCUUCUAACCGGCAUGGUGGCCACCGGCAUCUUCCUCACCCUCACCCUCGUGGUGCUGAUGUAUAAAUACCUGCAGAAACCGAAGUUCCAGAUCCAGUGGAAGGUCAUCGAGAGUAUCCAUGGCAACAACUACAUUUAUAUCGACCCCACCCAGCUGCCGUACGACUCCAAAUGGGAGUUUCCUCGACAGAAACUACGCUUCGGUAAAACUCUGGGCUCUGGGGCUUUUGGAAAGGUCGUGAGGGCCACAGCUUACGGACUCUGCUCUGCAGAUACUGUUACGACCGUCGCUGUUAAGAUGCUCAAACCCAACGCUCAUUCGACGGAGAAGGAGGCGCUGAUGUCAGAGCUGAAGGUUCUCAGUUACCUCGGAAACCACGUGAACAUCGUCAACCUGCUGGGAGCGUGCACGGUCGGAGGCCCAAUUCUGGUGAUCACCGAGUACUGUUGCUAUGGCGACCUCCUCAACUUCCUGCGCCGAAAAAGAGUGUCUUUCUUAAACUCCCAAGCCGGCGACGGUUACUAUCGCAACGUCUCGAACCAAACGGAGCCCACAAGCAGAGAGGAGAUCGGUACAGGAUACAUGCCGAUGCGUCCGUCUGAGAAAGAAAGGACUUCCCAGUCAGACGACAUCGAUGAUCUGUCCCUGGACGCCGAAGAUCUCCUCAGCUUCUCCUACCAGGUGGCGAAAGGAAUGGAGUACAUCACAUCCAAGAACUGUAUCCACAGGGAUCUUGCAGCCAGAAACAUUCUGCUGACUCAUGGCAGGGUGGCGAAGAUUUGUGACUUCGGGUUGGCGCGAGACAUCACGACCGAUGCCAGCUACGUGCUGCGAGGCAAUGCUCGCCUGCCGGUUAAGUGGAUGUCUCCCGAGAGUAUAUUCGACUGUGUCUACACCUUUGAGAGUGACGUGUGGUCGUACGGCAUCCUGCUCUGGGAAAUCUUCUCUCUGGGUAACAGUCCGUACCCCGGGAUGCAGGUGGGCUCAGCGUUUUACAGGAUGAUUCAGGAGGGCCACAGGAUGAGCAGGCCGGAGUUUGCUCCCAUCGAGAUGUACGACAUGAUGCUGUCCUGUUGGAGCCACGAUCCUUUGAAAAGACCUUCCUUCAGGAAACUGGUGGAGAGGACCGAGCUGCUGCUGUCAGAAAACACCAAGAAUGUGUACCUGAGACUGAGCAACAAUCCAGGUCAUCCAGAGCAGCAGAGGGCACCAUCACGAAGACUGAGCUCGGUCUGCAGCACGACAGCCCCGACCCAGCCGCUACUGCAAAGCACGGCCGACGUCUUCCUGGACUAUGUCUGACACACACACACACACACAAACAACACAUAAACACACACACACAUGCACAUACACACUGCGAUGAAACACAACCCCCCCCUACCUCCCUGAUCGUUCUCUCCUUUUACUGCACAAAGUACCAAGAGCCAAACACACUCUGUAAACUACUAACAACACACUCACUCAAACUAACGCUCUCUCACACACACACACACACACACACACACACACACAGUUACUGUAUAUAUAUAUACGACCCUGCUCUGGGCUCUUAGUAUCGGCCUCUAUCUAAUCUCCCCAUUGGUGUAUUGAUCUCUGUGGUAGGUACAUCAGGUGCACGUCUAUAUAAAGCGGACUCCAGCACUAACCGCCCAUCAGAUACAACAUCACCCAUCAGCAGCGGGAGGAGUUCUGGCUUCACAUUCAGCCUCAGAUUACGUCUGAACAUGAUUCAUGGGGAGGCAGCGACUAAGUACGAGCGUUGAUCCCGGACUCGAGUUGUUGCUGCGAUGAUGAGAGGAUCGCAACACU